ACAGCUAACAUUAACGACAAAUGCAUAAGCAUUUUCCUUGUUUACGUAUAUAUACAACUUUUAUCAACAAGCUUAAAGGUUAAGUUGGUGUAUAUAUGAAAACAACAUGCAUGCCUCGGGAUAUAUUAUAGUAGCAGCAUAGAUAUCAUCAGUCUAUAUAUCUUCCCAAAUUCCAUACACGAAAGCCCACAAACCUCAUAGAUAGUCAUAGUCAUAGCCAGCACAAAAGUUCCUUCAUAUUCAUUCAUGGCUUACAACCACCAAAACAACAAUCAUGAUGAAGUGGUGGUUGUCAUGGUUCCUUUACCAGCACAAGGCCACCUCAACCAGCUCCUCCACCUCUCCCGCCUCAUCUCCACCUACAACAUGCCCGUCCACUUUGUCGGAACCCCCAAUCACAACCGUCAAGCCAAGCUCCGAGUCCACGGCUGGGAUCAAACCUCAUCAGACGCCAAAAACACGAUCCAUUUCCAUGACUUCAUCGUCCCUCCUUUCGUUUGCCCUGCUCCCAACCCCGACGCACCAAGCAAGUUCCCUUCUCAUCUCCUACCCACGUUUGAAGCCACCACACAUCUCCGUCACCCCGUCGCCGCACUUCUGCGCAAACUAGCCUCCCAAACAAGGCGUGUGGUUGUCAUCCACGACUCCCUCAUGGCUUCUGUCAUCCAAGACGUUGGUUCUAUAGCCAACAGCGAGUCUUACACAUUCCACUCGGUCUCCGCCUUCGCCGUCUUCUUAUACUUGUGGGAAGGAAUCGGAUGUCCGCCUGAACUCCAAGGGGUACAAGUCAAGAGUAAGAUCCCCGAUAACGUCCCAAGCCUCGAGGACUGCUUCCCUGACGAGUUCAUGAAUUUUAUUGUUGCACAAUAUGAAUACACAGGGUACAACUCCGGGAACAUUUACAAUGCCAGCAGAACCAUAGAAGGUGAGUACGUUGAUCUACUGAACAAGCUCGGUGAUGACAAGAAGCAUUGGGCAGUAGGGCCGUUCAACCCAGUUUCAGUACCGGAGAAAAAUGGUAAGAGGCACGCUUGCUUGGAAUGGCUUGAUGAACAAGAACCGAACUCGGUGAUCUACGUUUCGUUCGGGACAACAACAUGCAUGAAAGACGAGCAGAUCAGGGAGCUGGCUAUUGGGUUGGAACAAUGCAACCACAAGUUCAUUUGGGUAUUGAGGGAUGCUGAUAAAGGUGACCUUUUCAUGGACGGGGACCAAGUUAGAAAGGCUGAGCUUCCAAAAGGGUACGAAGAGAGAGUGAAAGAGAGGGGAGUAGUGGUCAGAGAUUGGGCUCCCCAACUGGACAUUCUGUCGCACAAAUCCACUGCAUGGUUUCUGAGUCACUGUGGAUGGAACUCAUGCAUGGAGAGCCUCACUUUGGGAGUUCCCAUAGCAUGUUGGCCAAUGCACUCUGACCAACCUAGGAACACAGUUUUGGUGACCAAGGUUCUCAAAGUUGGUGUGGUUAUGAGGGAUUGGGAGAGAAGGAACGAGCUUGUCACGUCGUCAAUAGUGACAGAUGGUGUGCAUAAACUGAUGGCGUCCUCUGGAGAAGUGGAUGUGAUAAGGAAGAAGGCGAGAGAGUUGGGUGCUGCCGUGAGAGGAUCUAUGGUGGAAGGCGGAGGCUCUCACAUGGAGUUGUCUUCUUUUGUUGCUCAUAUCACCAGAUAAUUAUGAUGAAAAUGGAAAUGUACCUAGCUAGUUGCGAAAAAGACUAGACUUCAUGUCCCCGUCUAAUUUAACCACUUGAGAAAGCAAAGCACAACAACUAUAUAUGAAGUAGAAGCUUUGAUUUUACAUUAUCCUGAUGAGCUCAUGCAAAGUCUAGCUAGUUGGUACGAGAUAGUUGCUUCUACCAACUAGACUAAUGGAUGAAAUUCACUUGGUGUAAUUAAGCUUGUCUUAAUUU